UCAUCUGGUCUGCUUUGAGAUUCUAACCUUGGCAGGUGCAUCCUUGUUUUUCAUUGUGCAAUUGUGCAAUUGUGAUGUGAUCAUGUUAAGUGAAUGCAUGUGUAAUGUUGCCAAGAAUGAGAAGGGAAGGAGUUACUGUAUCUACUAUUACUCUACCUACCUAAGGUAUGCAAUGUAUCUUAUUAUGUAGAUUCAUUUGAUAUCAUCAAGGAUUUGCGAACAUAUUGAAUGAUUGUCCAAACAUAUUAUCGGAUCUACAUAUAAUAUCUACACAGAUUUACGAUACACGCCCCAUAGUGUACCCACAUACUAUCUAGAGUCUUAGCUUCAAUGUUCGCAACUUCCCACCUCUGCCAGUACUCGACAAAUUAUGGAAGGUUAUACAGGUUUCUUGAGACGGGAACCGAAGCUGCCAACUACAUAAGCAAGAGAAUAUCAUGAGGAGAAAGAGCUAACAAGUUUACAAGUAGGUAAACAGCCAUACUGUCGAUAUUCCUAAAAAGAGAACGGGUGAACCCCGAAGACUCUCCUUUUACUUUGAACGCAUCAUGAAUCGUUCCCUCUCUAUACGUUCCACCAAGGGCAACGCCGCGAAUGCACCAACAUCGCCUACGCGCCGCAAGGGGUUCUCUUUUGCAUCAUUGCGAGGCUCGAUCCAGCCAGAGUUGUCGCGGCGUUUAUACCAGGUGAUCAAAUCAGCCAAUAAUCUAGUGUCGGCGCACGAGACAGCAGGAAGGGAGCGCGAGGCUAUCGCGAAGCAACUAUCAGAAUGGGGCGAGCAGACAGGUGACGAAGCAGUGUCAGACAUUAGCGACAAGGUGGGCGUUGUAUUAUCGGAGCUUGGUGCCCAAGAAGAGCUGUACGCCCACGGCCUCGACGACGCCCGCGGUGUUCUCAAAAACAUCCGCAACACUGAGAAGAGCGUCCAGCCCAGCCGCGAUACUCGGGCUAAAAUUGCAGACGAGAUCCAACGCCUUAAGUUCAAGGAGCCUCAGAGCCCUCGCCUCGUCAUCCUCGAGCAGGAGCUUGUUAGAGCUGAGGCUGAAAACUUGGUUGCAGAGGCCCAGUUAACGAAUACUACUCGUAACAAGCUGAGGGAAGCUUACGACACCGAGUUUGCCGCCGUAAUCGAGCGUGCGGAGAAACAGAUCAUCCUCGCCAAGCAUGGUCGUCGUCUUCUCGACCUCUUAGACGACUCGCCCGUCACACCUGGUGACGCGAGACGUAGGUAUGAGAAUGGACUCGCCGCCCGACAAGUCCUCAUCGAUGUGGAGGACGAUCUCAAAGCAUGGGAGAAUAAUGCAAAUACCUAUGACUCGAUACUCGCAGAUGACACAUACCACGAAUCUUCGCAUGUGGCCAUGGAUGGAAGCAGCGCCCUAGGCGGCAGCGGCAGUAGAGGUGGAGGUGUAAGAGGCGAGACACCGGUCAUGACUGAUGCCAGUCAUUCGUAUGCUCCAGAAGGUGAUGAGAAUCAUCGCCCGGCUGCUAGCACAGCGCCACACGUGAGCCCUACGCCCACCUUAAGUGAUGAUGAGAGGAAGUAGGAAAUAUAUCCUCGUUCGGGGUUUAAUGGCAUGAUAUGUGUAUACCCAAUUGUUGCCAUUAGUAUAUUGCACUUUAUGGGAUUAUCAAUGAAAGGAAGGAAGGAUAACGGUCUGGUUUUCGUUAAAGCUGAGUUGGGAACUGGGUGGUUGUUUGCUUUGCAUAUUCUAUAUCUUAGGUAGGAAGGUAGUUAUAAUAUUAUCGUCUCAAUCGGAUUGAACUAGAAUCAGGGAGGUUUUGAUUCCUGGCACCAGCAUAUGUACGUAUGCCUACGAAAGUUGUAGAGGUUUUUAG